UUGUAAUGGAUUUGUUUAAUUUCAGCAGGAUUUACAUGAGCACAGCAGAUAUAAUGCAAAAAUCAUGUUCUUGUGGAUGUGAUUGAUGGCUGUGAUCGAGAUGGUGAGAGGCUCCUUGCGUCCAGGAAAUGGCAGAUCGCCUCCCUUUGUGAUAAUUGGCCUUGUUAUCAUUAUUGGCAUCCUUGGCUUCAAUUAUUGGGGCCUUUCCACACUCAAUGCGGACCUCGUCAGUCAGGUCAAGAAGUUUGAGAAGGAUAUCCUGAAAUGUUCCGAGGAGCAAAAGUUGCUUAAUGAUGACACAGAAUCACUAAGGAUGGCAGUGCAGAAGUCAAGAGACAAUAACAAAGAACUGGAAGACAUCAAGGAGCAACAUGUUGCAGAAAUAGCUGAUCUCAAGUCACAAAUAAAGACAGUUGAGGAGAAGCUGGAUGAAAGUACAGUUGCCUUGGAUGAGAAAGUGAAAUUAGAGGCUGAGUUGGAGAAGCAGUUGAAGCAACUCAAGGAAGAGAAUACUCAACUGCAUCAAGAACUUAAUUCUGAGAGGCUAAAGGCCCAGGAAUUAGCCAGUGCAAGGCAGGAAGCCAUUCACAAGCAGGAUCCAAUCAAGUAUUCCCAUGGGAAUAAGUUACCAUUCCUUGCUAGGGGUUUGGCAACCAAAGGCCACUUGCCCACUCUGUCAGCAGGAAUGGUGAAUCACUUCAACAUGGGAUUGGUGGGGCUCCUAGGGCACAAUGCUCCUAUCAUUCCCUACGACCCACCUGAUGCCAUCCGUAACAAGCCACGAUUCAGUGUUGUAGAUCCACCUAAACAGAAACUCCCUGCAUGAUUGAAGGAGAUUUGUGCAAGAUAGUAGUGCCUUUUCUGUGAUAUUGGUUUUGGAUCUUGUAUAUAAUGGGAAUUUUUGGUGUCCGAACCUGAACAAUGGACCUUCUAUGUGGCAUCGAAUUGGUCUUGUGAAUGACUGGUGCCUUUAUUGUGACCAAGGUGGUUGUUGACAGUUUAUUACAGGCAAGACAUUGCAUUUGCACAGCUAGAAACUUGUUUACAAGGAUGAAUGCUUAGUGAAAAAAUACAUAGGAAGGAAUAUUGGUUCUAGAGAUCCUGAUGGGAAAGGGAAGAGGGGAAGGAGUCACAGUCAUUCUUGAUGUUUUUCUGAGCCGCAUAAUUUAUUUUUAUAAACUAGAAUCAUUGUGAUAAUGGCUCUGGAAUUCAUAAAAAAAAAUCCAGAGACCUGGAAAACUGCACUAGAAUAAGUAUAUUUCCACAAUAGAGAUACUUAAUGACAAGAAAAGAGCAUGAUGCCAUGAGCUAAAAGGCUACAAUGGUAAUGCAGUUUGUAAUAUAAUUACAAGAAUGGC